GGGACUGAGCCCAGAGGCCUCAGUGGGUGAGAACCAACAGAGUAGUCGGAAGCACGGGAGAGCAACGGGUUGGGGCGGAGGCGGGAGUCAGAAGGCGGGGAUCUACAGGUCCCGCCCCGGAGCAGACUUCCUGGUCUGUGGACAAUCUGGGGUGAGGCAGCUAUAGCGGCGGGGGAACCCCAGAGCCAUGGGGUGCAUACGCGAUGCCAUCCUGGAUGCGCUGGAGAACCUCACCGCCGACGAACUCAAGAAAUUCAAGCUGAAGCUGCUUUCAGUGCCGCUGCGCGACGGCUACGGGCGCAUCCCGCGGGGGGCGCUGCUGGCCAUGGACGCCGUGGACCUUACCGACAAACUCGUCAGCUACUACCUGGAGGCAUAUGGGGCCGAACUCACGGCACUCGUGCUGCGCGAAAUGGGUAUGCAGCAGACAGCAGAGCAGCUGCAAAUGACGUGCAAGGGUUCUGGAGCCACACCAGCGGUGAUCAAGGCCCUUCCUCAGACAGCAGCCAUGCCAGCACUGCACUUUGUGGACCAACACCGGGCAGCCCUCAUCGCUCGUGUCACAGACGUGGAUGGGGUGCUGGAUGCGCUGUACGGGAAGGUUCUGUCAGAGGAGCAAUACCAGGCAGUGAGGGCAGAGACCACCAAUCCAGCAAAGAUGAGGAAGCUCUUCAGCUUUGCUCCAGCCUGGAACCUGACCUGCAAGGAUAUGCUCCUUCAGGCGCUGAGGGACAGCCAACCUUUCCUGGUAGUUGACCUGGAGCAGAGCUGAGGUGUCUUCCCCAGAAGCAGCUGAAACUGCCAAAGGUUGUAUGUGGUAAAUCAGUCUGACUUUUUUAUAUACAGUAUAUGAAAAACCAGCUUGUACUUGUGUUUUUCCUACUUCCAGUCUGGAAGUACAUGCAGAGAUAAGCUACAUGUACAAAUGCAACAGGCUCAGGUGACACUCUACUCCACUGCCUGUUACUAGGGCAGCAGGUUCCCAAAUAUUCAUCCUUCCUGCCUCAGUCACCAUGGUGAAUAUUCCUUCCUUCACCAUUUGGCGGCUCCUCCAAUGCUAUCUCAGAGGGUCUGCCCUUGAGCCUAUAGUUAGCCAUGCGGUCUAUAAAAGUUAAAAUAGGUAUGUACAACGGGUCUGGAACUAUGGGGAGCCAGACUUAUCAGAGGCACUUAUGACGUUCUUCACCAACCUAUAUAGCUUCCACUUUUUCCACGGGAAAAAAAAAAUUGUACAAUUGGAGCAAUUUUCAAAGGGAGAGACACUAUCAUCUAAACACAGGACAGAAGACCACAAGUCAUCAAAUCCAAUUCUAGGGUUCCUUUUGGCACUGGCAACUGACAUCAGUAUUUUUAAUUGCUUCUUCCCACCCCCUGGAGAAAGGUUAUAGGUUACAUCUUGCCCGGAAAACAUACCGACCACAAAAGCAAAACUAGAAAUUCUACUAGGUAUUACUUGAUAGAAUUUUUGCUUACGAAAAAAUAUUAGUUGACCCUUGAGCAAUAUGAAACUGACCUGCUCAAUCUUAAAUCCGUGCAUAAAAAGUCGGCCCUCCACAUGUGGGCAUUCCCAACCAUGGCUUUGACCCUUGAACUCACAUCUGAACUAUGCAAGUCAACUGAAAAAACUCCAUAUAUAACUUGGAUCCAAGCAGUUCAAACUCACAUUGUCAUUUCUCCAGGAAACACGUAAGGAGCCUUCCCAGAGGCUGUUAGGGAACCAGGAUCCUAGGACACGCUGAGUACACUUUGUACCCAAAUUCCUUCUCAUCUUUCUUUGGGGUGGAAGCAGUAUGCAAAGAAACAGGAAGGCCCUGGGGAGGGGUCCUGGAUGUGACACAUGGGACCCAGGCAUUGAGGGUACAGAUGGUUCUAUGCCACUUGAUACACCAGCCCACAAUGAACAAACUGCACAAAGACUUCACUUUGAAUACCCUCUCCUAGAUGACAAUUAGCAAAUGCAGUUUAUUCCCCCAACACACUCCUUUAGGGGUGUACAUAUGAUCUCAUUCUGACGGUCUAACAUUUCCCUACUGUGAUCUACUGGGAUACCAGGCAAGAGAAAAUAAGCGGUAUGCUAUAGGAGAAAGCUAUCAAGCAGCUUAAGAUGUGGCCACUGUCAAGGCCACAGUCACAUGGACAGUUCCUAAGGUUACUUGGGACUCCAAGAAAGCUGAGCUUCCUCAAAGUGGGAAUUGGCCCUAACACCUCAGUAUCCUGUGCCCUGGUCUUUAGCCAGCCACCCCAUAAAAUGCUGAUACUCCCCAUUCCACUCUCACUCAGCCCUCUUCUACCAAGUCUUCUUGAGUCUCAUAAUUCAAGCCUUAUUAUUCAAUCCCUGCGAUGUGUUCAAUUACAUGUUCUGCAAAGACCUUACCAUUUCCAAAAGUGAACGUGUUCUCCUUUA